AUGCCGCGGACUGCGGCUCACCGACUUCGAGUUAUGCGUCAAGAUGAUGGUAAAUUGGGUCAUGGGGAGGUCGCAUGCCGCAUGUGGCCUUUCCACCCCGUGCUGGGUUCAUGGUUUCUGGCGCUGUACAAACUCUUUUGUUCCAACCUACACCCUAAGAGCUGGCAACGAGCGAUGUAUGUCGUAAACCCCUCUCAGAAGACGCUCAACGAUCCUAAUGCCGUCACGGUCCCAAGAAACAAAGGUCGCGAAUCCAUGGCGUACCUCUCCUACAUCAUCGACAACUACGAUAAACCGACGGAGAUGGCGGCAGCGUGCUGCGCGCAGUUUGCCGUGUCGCGCGACCACGUUCUCAAGAGGCCAGUGGAGGAUUACAUGCACUUCCGCGACUGGGUUACGGCGACGGAAAAGAAUGAUGCGAGUAGUGGUCACGUCAUGGAGUACAUGUGGCAUAUAAUUUUUGUGAUGGAUGCUGUGUUCUGCCCCGACGAACACCUCUGCUACUGUGCAGUUUACGGACGAUGCAAAUGA